AAAAUAAAUCCGUUAGAGACCGCGCCACAACCUCAACCGAUAUCUCUCUAUCAUCACAUCGUGUCGCUCCAAACGCUCCAUAUUUCCCGCUGGAAUAUAACCUCUUUUCUCUCCACCGUCUCUAUCUCUAUCUCUAUCUCUAUCUCUUUUUUCUCUUUUUCUCCCCCUCAUUCAUUAUGCCAAUGAGGAAUCCGAAUCCGAAUUAUCCGAACCCUAACCCUAACCCGAAUCCACUUUUCCAUGUCCAAUCAUCCUCAACCAGAGCCACCGCCACUGCCGGCGUCGAUCACCGACGACAGAAACCCAUCGGCGACGUCGUCACCGAAGCAGCCAUCGUCGUCUAGAGCCAAGCUCCUCAAGAUUCCCCCGAUUCCUUUUCGCCGAAAUGCAAGAGAUGAAUCCGACGAUAGCGAAGUGGAAGGCGAAGAGGACGAGGAGGAUCGUGACGACGAUAGGGAAGACUCGUCUUUCAUCGUCCCGUCUGCACUUGGACUCAAUCAUAUUCGGACUCGAUCCGCUCCGUCUCCUCUCCGGUUCUCGUCGUCGGACGCUGCGACUUUGAAUCUCGGCGAUGAUUCAAAUGUGGUUAAGUGCGCGGUUGAGCCCAAGGCCAAACUCACGCUCAUAGAACAGGCGGGGAAAAAGGUUCAUUGGAGUCAAUCAAAAUCGCUAAAAAGCCCAUCACCACUCAAUCCCUCGUUUGAGGCUAAUCAUGCAGUUUUUGCCAAGGAAAUGCAGUCGCCGCGUUUCCAGGCAAUACUGCGCGUAACGAGUGGGCGUAAGAAAAGAGCACCCGACAUCAAGAGUUUCUCUCAUGAGCUCAACUCCAAAGGAGUUCGACCUUUUCCAGUUUGGAAGCCUCGUGCUUUCGGGCAUAUGGAGGAGAUCAUGGUGGUGAUCAGGACAAGAUUUGAAAGGUCUAAGGAAGAGGUUAACUCUGAUUUAGGUGCAUUUGCUGGUGAUUUGGUGGGUAUACUUGAGAAGAAUUCAGGGUCUUGCCCAGAAUGGAAAGAGAGUUUGGAGGAUUUGUUGGUUGUUGCACGGCAAUGUGCAAAAAUGUCCCCGAAUGAGUUUUGGAUGAAGUGUGAAGCCAUUGUUCAGACUUUGGAUGAUCGACGCCAAGAGCUACCAAUAGGGAUUCUUAAACAAGCCCAUACUCGUCUUCUUUUUAUCCUCACUCGCUGCACAAGGCUUGUGCAGUUCCAGAAGGAAAGUGGUUAUGAUGAAGACCGCAUUUUGGGUCUACACCAGCUCAGUGAUCUUGGAGUCUAUCCUGAACAAAUAUUGGAAGCUGUACAACAGGAUAUUUGUGGUAAACUCAUGGAGAAGGAAGUGAAUGAGAAGCAUAUGAAGAAGUCACGCAAGCAGGAACAACGCAGUGGAACUGAUGGUGCAGAAACCGCAAAAAGUGUUGAUUCAUCACAGGGUAGCUACAGGAUGUCAUCUUGGAAGAAACUUCCAUCUGCUGCUGAGAAAAAUCGAAAAGGCCUGGAUUCUCCUGAUACUUCGUCAAAGGAGCAAUCAGAUCAUUUGCAUGCCAAAGACGAAUUGAAAACUUGCAGUGAAUCUAUGGGAACUCCAUCAUGCCAUCCUGAACAAACAGAGCCAGCUGCCAGAGUACAAAAAGUGUCUUGGGGUUUAUGGGGGGAUCACCAAAAUGGUACUUAUGAAAAUUUGAUGAUCUGUCGUAUUUGUGAGGUUGAAAUACCAACUGUACAUGUAGAAGAGCACUCUCGAAUAUGUACAAUUGCUGAUAGAUGUGAUUUGAAAGGCUUAACUAUAAAUGAACGUCUUGAGAGGGUUGCAGAAACUCUUGAAAAAAUAGUGGACUCUUGGUCGCCAAAAAGCACACCAAAAAGUAUUGAUGUUCCAGGAGGAAAUUUUGAAGCUACAAGAGUAUCUACAUCAAGUACACAUGAAGAAUUGGAUGAUUUGUCUCCUAAGCAUGGCAGCUUGUCUCGCCGAAGCUCUGAAGACUUGCUUGAUUGUGUUCCUGAGGCUGAUAAUACUUUUCUCAUGGAUUCAUUAAGUGUUUUGCCUGACAUUUCAUGUGAAACACAUCCUCCUUUGAUACAUGAUCCAGGCAAUAAUAAAGCCUCAUCAGCAGGAAGCUUGACACCGCGAUCACCAUUGUUGACACCAAGAACCAGCCAGAUUGAAUUGCUGCUGAGUGGAUGGAGAACAAUAUCAGAGCUUGAGAACUAUCAGCAGAUACACAAGCUAUUGGAUAUUGCUCGUUCUGUUGCAAGCGUAAACAAUUGUGACUAUACUACAUUGGAGUAUAUGCUUCAACGGUUGGAAGACCUAAAAUAUGCUAUCCAGGACAGGAAGGUUGAUGCUCUCGUUGUAGAGACCUUUGGAAGAUGUAUUGAGAAAUUAUUGCAGGAAAAAUAUGUAAAUCUCUGUGGGCAGAUAGAAGAUGAAAAAGUAGAUUCAUCAAAUGGAAUGGCUGAUGAGGAGAGUUCAGUAGAAGAAGAAAAUGUCCGUAGUCUACGUGCUAGCCCUAUCAAUCCAUGUUCUAAGGACCGAACAUCUAUAGAAGAUUUUGAAAUAAUAAAGCCAAUAAGCAGAGGAGCAUUUGGGCGUGUGUUCCUUGCCAGGAAAAGGGCAACCGGAGACUUAUUUGCUAUAAAGGUAUUAAAGAAGGCUGAUAUGAUUCGUAAAAAUGCAGUUGAAAGUAUUCUGGCAGAACGUAACAUUCUUAUAUCAGUGCGCAAUCCGUUUGUGGUCCGCUUUUUCUACUCCUUCACGUGCAGGGAAAAUCUUUAUCUGGUGAUGGAAUACUUAAAUGGUGGAGAUCUGUACUCUAUGUUGAGAAAUCUAGGCUGCUUAGAUGAAGAUAUGGCCCGUGUUUAUAUUGCAGAAGUUGUUCUUGCUUUGGAGUACUUGCAUUCUUUAAAUGUCAUUCACAGAGACUUGAAGCCAGACAACUUGCUGAUUGGACAAGAUGGGCAUAUUAAGUUAACAGAUUUUGGUCUCUCCAAGGUUGGUCUGAUCAACAGCACAGAUGAUCUAUCUGCACCAUCAUUUAAUGGUGCUGAUUUUCUUGGAGAUGAGGAAGCAAAAACACCACAUUCUUCAAAAAGAGAACAGCGCCAGAAGCAUUCAGUUGUUGGCACACCUGAUUAUUUGGCACCUGAAAUACUUCUUGGCAUGGGACACGGUGCAACUGCUGAUUGGUGGUCUGUGGGUGUUAUUCUUUUCGAGCUGCUUGUUGGUAUCCCACCAUUCAAUGCAGAUCAUCCACAGCAAAUUUUUGACAAGAUAAUAAACAGGGAUAUACCCUGGCCCAAGAUACCUGAGGAGAUGAGCUAUGAAGCUUAUGAUUUGAUUGACAAAUUGCUGACUGAAAAUUCAGUUCAAAGACUUGGAGCCACAGGUGCCGCAGAGGUGAAGGAUCAUAUAUUCUUUAAGGAUAUUAAUUGGGAUACACUUGCAAGACAAAAGGCUAUGUUCAUCCCAUCAGCAGAUGCUCGUGACACAAGUUACUUCAUGAGCCGGUACAUAUGGAAUCCUGAGGAUGAGCAUGUUCAUGGAGGUAGUGACUUUGAUGACUUGACUGAGUCUGGAAGCAGUGGUUCAUACAGCAAUAUGCAAGAUGAAGAAGGAGAUGAAUGUGGUAGUUUGGCAGAGUUUACUCCUAACAACCUGGCUGUACAGUACUCAUUUAGUAAUUUCUCAUUCAAAAACUUGUCUCAGCUAGCUUCUAUUAAUUAUGAUCUGGUAAUCAAGAGCGCCACGGAUUCACCAGAUCACCCUAAACCAUCCGUUCCGUGAGAAGUUGUUCCUUCUGCAAGAAAAAGACAGGUUGAUAUAGAUGAAGCUGGUAUGGUUAUGAUAUCUAUCUGUUUCACUUCAUCUUUCCAUUGUAAAAAUGGAAAAAUCUGAUGCGAAAAAUCAUGGGUAGUAUUUUGAUUUAACCACGUGAUAUAUUCAUGUAUAUAUUAAUAAAUGUUUUUUUUUUUUGGUGGUAAUAUAUAUAGAUGUUUAUUUUAGGGGGAAAAGAUAGAAGAAAAAGAAUUGAAGUCGCAUAUGUUUUGCAUCUCUCAUGGAUACUCGUUGAGGCAUGAUGUGUGUGGUUGGGCAAAUGGCAUUUGCAUUAUAUAUUUUUCAUAUUCCUUU